AUGCGCACCUCAGCAGCUCUUACAGUUAUAUCCUUGGCACAAGCAACACUAGCCGCCAUCGAGCCUAGGAACUUCAUCUUUGUCGUCCCAGAUGGCAUGGGCCCUGUCUCCCAGACUCUCGUCCGAACGUACUUGUCGAUGGUAAAUGGCGACUCCACCGCUCGAGCACCAAGGAUCAAAUCUCUUCCCCUUGAUGCAGCCGUCAUUGGAAACACCCAUACCCAGUCUGCCAACAACCUGGUGACUGAUUCGAGCGCUGCCGGAACCGCCCUUGCAACCGGCCACAAGACCAACAAUGGAGUCGUUGGACUCUUGCCUGACGGCACGCCAGUUGGAUCCAUCAUGGAAGCCGCAAAGCUGGCUGGCUAUCUCACCGGCCUUGUCGUGACUUCACCCAUUAGUCAUGCGACCCCUGCCUCAUUCUUUUCCCACGCUGCUACCCGCAACUCGCUGGGCAAGAUAGCCGAGCAGCAAAUCGGCUACAGCCACCCUCUUAACAUCAGCGUAGACCUGAUGCUCGGUGGCGGCCGCUGCGACUUCCAGCCACAAAACGAAACCGGUUCCUGCCGAACUGACAACAUCGACCUCUUUGCUUACGCAAAGUCAAAGGGGUACUACACCGCACGUGACCGCGCGGGUUUCGACGCUCUCGAGUUGGGCCUUGGCGCCAUCCAGCUCCCCUACGUCGGCCUCUUCAAGGACGGCGAUCUCAGCUACGAAAUUGACCGCCAACAGCAAAGCCCCCAUGUGCGCGAGCCCUCGUUAUCAGAAAUGACGCAAACGGCGCUAAACUCGCUGUCACGCGCUACCCAGUCCACCGAGAAGGGCUACAUGAUGAUGAUUGAGGCGUCGCGUAUCGACCACUCGUCGCAUGCUCACGACGCCGUUGCCCAUCUGCAUGAUGUGCUCGAGUUUAACAAGGUGACUGAAAUUGUCAUGAAAUGGAUUGACGAGCACCCCGAUACUGCGUUCCUCGCUGUUGCUGACCACGAGACGGGCGGUAUCACAAUUCCAUCUGGAUACGAUCCGCUAGUCCUCCAGCCUGGAAAGCACUCGGCCGAGUAUCUCAGCGAUGUAUGGAGCAAGUACAACGGCACGGACUCGAGGGCCUUUCUCGUCAGCGACAUUCUUCCUGCGUAUGGUCUUGCCGCUGUUUCGGAUCCCGAGAUUGAGACUUUACUUGCAGCCGAGAAUUUCGCCCAAGCCCUCUCGGAUCUACUGAAUGCUCGUGCAAAACUCGAGUGGUCGACUGGUGGACAUACAGGUGUCGAUACCACGCUUUACGGCUACGCAGCUGGCGAAAUGGGGGACCGCCUGGUCCUGGAUAUGGCUGGGGGCUGGGACAACACCGAUAUGCCCAAGUACCUUGCCAAGGCGUUGGGCGUAGACAUGGAUAAAGUCACUGAGCUGCUGAAUGCACAGGGAACGGCUUGGAUACCAGUGGACGCAGAGCCUGGAAAGUAG